AACAGAACUCUAUCUAGUUUCUUUCUCCGGCGACCAAGACAUACUGAAAGCAAAACCGUUUUGCGUCUCUCUGUUUCUCUCAAUUCGAACUUCGAAAAUUGUAUAAUGGCGACAACCAAAAGGAACUCCAAAAAGCGAGGGUCAGAAUUUGUGCUUACCAAAUCGGAUCCAGUAACUCGAAUAGACGACGAGGACCUCGAUCUUGAUCUCUCUAGUGAUCUCGAAGGGAUCAUGUCGGCUCUGCAACAGAUUAAGGAGAAAGCGGUCAAGGACGGUCAAAAGAAGAACGAAGAGACAAUUUCGAGUGUCGCCUCUGAUAUAAGGCGUAAGAUUCAUGAAUUGAAAUCAAAGCUUAAGAAAGAAAGACAGAGUUUUGUGAAGGCACUUUCAAAGAGCUCAGAAGAGUGUGAAAAUUGGUUGAAGGAUGAGACUGCCAAAUAUAAAGAGCUUUAUGAGAAAUUCUGUAAGGAGAAAGCUGCCCAUCUGCAAGCCUUAAAAGGUCCUUCCUCUUAG